GCAACUUCCCACUCGCCACAGAUAACUAUUGUUUGUCUGACGCGUAAUCUAAGAAAAAAAUUCGUGGAGCGAGGCUUGCGUGCCUUUCUUGGGCCAAUAUGCUACUUUAUGCUGAUGGACAUUAUUAUAAUCUUUUAAUUCCGUACUCACAUGUCUGCUGUAGGCUUUCAUGACAUCCUGGACCGGAGGUGGAUAGAGCUUUAUAUAUAAAUUCUGCAUGCAUGCCCUCUUAUUGAACACAUUUCCAAGUCAUUAUUUCCUAGAGUAGAGAUUUGAGUGAAAAUGGCAUCCACAAAAGUGGGGUUUAUUGGAUUGGGAUCAAUGGGGUUGGGCAUGGCCUCCUCACUUGUCCGAGCAGGAUUUCAUGUUCAGGGUUUUGAUGUAUCUAAGUUGGCAAUGGAUCAUUUUUCACAGAGUGGCGGAACUAUCAGUUCUAGUGCUACAGAGGCGAGCAAAGGUGCUAUAGUGGUUGUCAUCAUGGUUACGAAUUCCAGUCAAGUGGAUGAAGUUCUCUUUAGCACAAAUGGAGCCAUUUCAGGCAUGCCAAAUGGUUCAGUAAUUGUGCUUUGUUCAACCGUAUCACCUGGCUAUGUUCAAAAGCUAGGGAAAUCUUUUCCAGCUGAGAGGAACCUUUUCCUCGUAGAUGCACCAGUAUCUGGAGGUUUUACUCGGGCUGCAAGUGGAACAUUGACAAUAAUGGCAUCUGGAACAACUGAAGCUUUAGAGAAGGCAAGGCCUGUGCUCUCUGCAAUGAGUGAGAAACUUUUCAUCGUUAAUGGUGGGAUAGGUGCUGGCAGUAAGGUAAAGAUGGUCAAUCAAUUACUUGCUGGUGUGCAUUUAGCUGCAGCAGCAGAAGCAAUGGUACUUGGAGCAAAGGCUGGAAUUGACACUCGCAUUCUUUACAAUAUAAUAUCCAAUGCUGCAGGAAGCUCUUGGAUAUUUGUGGAUCGAGUCCCCCAAAUGGUGAAUGGUGAUUACACCCCACAUGCUAGUCUAAAUAUCUUUGUUAAAGAUCUGGCAAUUGUGCUGAAUGAGGCAAAGGUGCUGCCUUUUCCACUUCCUCUCACUUCCUUGGCACAUCAACAGUUUAUUCAUGGUUCUGCAUGUGGAUACGGUGAGGAGGCUGAUGCUGCCAUAGUUAAGAUCUGGGAAAGAACAGCAGGCAUUAGUGUAGUGGCUCAAGAUGAAAGUUAUUCUCCUGAAAAGUUAGCUGAAGAAAUUGUUUCAGUUUCAAGUAGAGUGGAGCGAAUUGGUUUCAUUGGCCUUGGAGCAAUGGGAUUUGGAAUGGCAACACACCUUGUUAAACAAAAUUAUCGUGUUUCUGGUUUUGAUGUGUAUGAACCAACUUUGACUCGGUUUGAAAAAGCAGGUGGUCUUGUAGGAAGAAGUCCAGAAGAGGUUGCAAAAGGAGCUCAAGUCCUUAUAAUUAUGGUUACCAAUGAAGACCAGGCCCAGCAUGCAUUGUUUGGAGAAAGGGGAGCAGUUUCAGCUUUGCCAGAUGGGGCAUCAAUUAUAUUAUCUUCAACAGUCUCGUCAAGUUUUAUUAAAGGGCUAGAGAAAAGAUUAAGAGGUGAGAACAGGGACUUACAGUUAGUAGAUGCUCCUGUAUCUGGUGGUGUGGUUAAGGCUGCUAAUGGAAAGCUUACAAUAAUGGCUGCAGGAAACCACGAUGCCUUGAAGCGCACUGGUGCUAUUUUAUCAGCUUUAAGUGAGAAAUUAUACAUUAUCAAAGGUGGAGCAGGCCUUGGCAGUUCUGUAAAAAUGAUAAAUCAGCUUCUUGCGGGGGUUCACAUUGCUGCUUCUGCUGAAGCCAUGGCAUUUGGUGCUCGGUUGGGUUUGAACACGCAGAAUUUAUUUGAUAUAAUUUCAACUGCUGGAGGACAUUCUUGGAUGUUUGGAAAUCGUGUGCCCCACAUGUUGGAGAACGACUACACUCCACUUUCAGCUCUUGACAUCUUUGUGAAGGAUUUGGGAAUAGUGCUUCAUGAAUCAACAAACCUGAAUAUUCCAGUUUACAUUGCAGCAGCUGCCCAUCAGCAGUUUUUACUAGGUUCUGCUGCUGGCUGGGGUCGGCAAGAUGACGCUGGUGUAGUUAAGAUAUUUGAGAAAUUAACAGGGGUGAGUGUUGAAGCCCAAGUUCCUAUUCUUCCCAAAGAAGAAACACUGAAGUCUCUUCCAUCCGAAUGGCCAGUGGACCCAAUUCCAGAGAUUCAAAAAUUGGAAGAUUGUGAAGCUGCUAAAGUGUUAGUUGUGCUUGAUGAUGACCCAACUGGAACACAAACUGUCCAUGGAGUCACUGUAUUAACAGAGUGGAGCAUUGAGUCACUUGUUCAACAGUUCAAAAAAAAACCCUCAUGCUUUUUUAUUUUGACCAAUUCUCGUGCUUUAAGUAGUGACAAGGCAAUUCUGUUAACCAGGGAAAUCUGUAAAAAUUUAGAGAGUGCAGCUGCUUCAGAGAAUACCAGAUACACAGUUGUCCUAAGGGGAGAUUCAACACUUCGUGGGCAUUUUCCAGAGGAGGCAGAUGCUGCUGCAUCCAUAAUUGGAGAGACAGAUGCAUGGAUUAUUUGCCCCUUUUUUCUUCAAGGCGGACGAUACACCAUUGCCAACGUACAUUAUGUGGCAGAUGGCAACAGACUACUUCCUGCAGGAAGGACUGAAUUCGCCAAAGAUGCUGCUUUUGGUUAUAAAGCCUCAAACCUUUGUCAGUGGGUUGAAGAAAAAACUAAAGGACGUGUGCCUGCCAACAGUGUUGCUUCAGUCUCCAUUGAGACUAUUCGCAAAAGAGGUCCGGAUGCUGUUUGUGAACAACUCUGCCAUUUGUCAAAGGGAUCAAUAUGUAUAGUCAAUGCAGCCAGUGAAAGGGAUAUGUCUGUAUUUGCAGCUGGCAUGAUCAAGGCUGAAAUGCAAGGAAAACGAUUUUUAUGCCGCACAGCUGCAAGUUUUGUAUCUGCUCGUAUUGGGACAAAAACAAAAGAUCCAAUCACUCCAAGUGAACUUGGAAUAUUUGGAAAACAAAAUGGUGGGCUUAUAGUAGUUGGUUCAUAUGUCCCAAAGACUACAAAACAGGUUGAGGAGCUAAAAUCGCAAUGUGGACAUUUUCUGAGAAGUAUUGAAGUGAGUGUUGAUGCUGUUGCAUUGAAAUCUGUUGGGGAGAGGGAAGAAGAAAUAAAUCGCACAGUUGAACUAGCAGAUACUUUUCUGAAGACCAAGAAUGACACACUCAUAAUGACUAGCCGGGAACUUGUAAAAGGAAGUAGUGCUUCUGAAAGUCUAGACAUAAAUAGCAAGGUGAGCUCUGCAUUGGUUGAGAUUGUAAGACGAAUUCAGAUUCGACCACGCUAUCUUCUUGCCAAGGGAGGUAUCACGUCAUCAGACCUAGCUACCAAAGCAAUGGGAGCACGUCAUGCAGAGGUGGUUGGGCAAGCUUUGGCUGGUGUUCCCUUAUGGCAGCUAGGACCUGAAAGUAGACACCCUGGUGUUCCUUAUAUUGUGUUUCCAGGUAAUGUAGGGGGUGACGAUGCAUUGGCUCAGGUUGUUAAGAAUUGGGCUCUUCCAGCUAGAUCUUCAACAAAAGAUCUCCUUUUGGAAGCUGAAAGACGUCAAUAUGCUGUGGGAGCAUUCAAUGUAUACAAUCUUGAGGCAGUUGCAGCUGUUGUAGCAGCAGCUGAGGCUGAAAAAAGCCCAGCUAUUUUGCAGAUCCAUCCAAGUGCACUAAAGCAUGGGGGAGCACCUUUGGUUGCAUGUUGUAUAUCUGCUGCAGAGCAUGCUGCUGUUCCAAUCACAGUGCAUAUUGAUCAUGGAACUGAAAAGCACAAAUUGGUUGAGACUUUGGAGAUGGGUGUUGACUCAGUAAUGGUGGACGGUUCACAUCUUCCUUUCAGUGAGAAUAUUUCAUAUACUAAAUACAUAACAACCAUGGCCCAUGCAAAGAACAUUACAGUGGAAGCUGAACUAGGGCGAUUAUCAGGUACAGAGGAUAAUCUGACAGUUGAGGAGUACGAGGCAAAGCUUACAGAUUUGAUCCAGGCUGAAGAGUUCUUGAGUCAAACAGGAGUUGAUGCUCUUGCUGUAUGCAUUGGGAACGUCCAUGGAAAAUAUCCUCCAAGUGGACCCAAUCUUAGGCUUGAUCUUCUUAAGGAAUUACACGCUACUGCAUCGAAAAAGGGAGUUGUUCUGGUCUUGCAUGGAGCUUCAGGAUUGCCUGAAGAACUUGUGAAGGCCUGCAUAGAUCUUGGAGUGAGAAAGUUCAAUGUCAAUACUGAAGUUCGAAGUGCUUACAUGAAUGCCCUCCGAACCCCGAAGAAGGAUUUGAUAGAUGUGAUGUUGUUUGCAAAGGAAUCCAUGCAGGCUGUUGUUGCAGAAAAGAUGCGCAUGUUUGGCUCAUCUGGGAAAGCAUGUUAAUCACUAAUUUGAAUUGGCUAUCAUUCAUUCUUAGAUUCUCUAAUCAGUAAUCACCAAUAAGGUAUUGAUGUGGCCAUUGCACCACAGAGGGAGCAAUAUCAACUCAAUCUGUAAGGGUAACUUAUUAUACAUAUUCUAGAGAGUUGAUCAGAUUGCAAUUGCAGUACAGCUGUGAGGAAAGCAAUUAAGACUUUGAAAGCAAAAACAAACGUAGCUUCUCAAAAUAAAUAUUACAAUAAAAGUUCAAAUUGGUGAUGUCAUGAUGGCAUUCCUUUUUUUUCUGCCA